AUGGAUGGACGGGUGGAUCUUGUAUUUACCAGUUUUAUGCUACACUAUUGUAGUCGGGAUAAGCGGCAAGUAAUGGCCAUAUUUAGACAAUUAUUGAAAUCGGAUGGACUAUUCUAUGGCAAUAUAUUGAUUAAUCAGGAUUUGAAUAGAAAAUUAUUAGGCAAAGGCAAGGAAAGGGAUCCAAACCAACAAUGGUAUCCAUCACUGGACAAACAGACUGAAGAUUGGCUAAAAAGUUUAACAGAUAAUGGAUUUAUGAUAGAAAAGUCAAAACUAAUUGAAUUGAAUGUCGGGAUGAAUCGCAAACAGAUUAUAGACUUUAUGCCAGUAGUGGUUGACUGUUAUCGUUGCUAUUUCCCGGACAGCCAACAGUUUGACGCCGAAGUUGGCGACCACUUGUGGGACACUGUGUUUGACGCCUUUUUUAGUCCACCCGAUGCUGAGCCCAAUCCUAGCGCGUGGACUAAAUUUUUGGCCGACAAUACUAUUACAGAAUUGCAUUACUAUUUUCACUGUUUACGAGUUAUAGCCACAAAAAAAUAA